CGCGAGAAUGUACGCGACCUUGAGCGUCAGUUCCAUGAUGGCUGAAGAUCCUGGAGGAACUUUCCCUAAUUUCACCCUCAAUUUUAUUGGUUUUUCGUUACCUCUGCUGGGAAGAUGGCAGGGCACACAGCCUCGAUAAACGGCCAGAGACCCCCGCUGUUGUCAUGCCCAAGAAAGGGAACCGAAAACGGCUGAAAUUUAGAGCCGAGGAUGUUUGCUCGGAGUCAGUAACUGUGGCUGACUAUGCCAACGCCGAUCCCGCCAUCGUGAAGUCGGGCAGAGUUAAAAAGGCUGUUGUUAAUGCAAUUGAAAAAGAAGUGAAAUUACUCUGUGGACUCGAGGCAUCCCAGGGUCCCGUGGAGGAAGUGCUGUCCUCUGCAGUCGGUGUGAGUAAUGCCGCCCAUGAGAGCAGUGAUGAACUGGACUCAGAGGAAGGGGAUGAAAUCAAAGGUUCCCGCAAAAAGAAAAACAAAAGACGCAAAGAAAACAGUAAGAGCAUAGAUGGAGAGGAGUAUCCCAUUGAUAUUUGGCUUGUGCUUGCUGCAUACAUUCGGCCAGAAGACGUUUGCAGAUUUUCUUUGAUCUGCAAGAAUGCCUGGACAGCCACGUGCACGGCUGCAUUUUGGACACGACUCUACAAAAGGCACUAUAAUCUUGAUGCAGACCUCCCCGAUCGCCUUCAACCUGAUUCUAUUGCAAAGAUGCAUUGUCUUCGUGCCCGUGUGAUUCGCUCGCUUUUUCACUUAUAUGAGCCCUUUAGCUUGCGGGUGUCCAAAAGCCCUCUUCUCCCUGAAUCUACGCCUACCACACUCCUCAGUUCCAAGUGUUUGUUGUUUUGGGUCAACAAAGUCUCUGGAAGUAGGUCAGAGCCGAUGUGGGAAUUCAACUUCAAGUUUGUGAAACUGCCAACCAAGGGCAAAAAUGGAUGCAGUUUGAGUCUUCAGCUGCCCAGGCAGUAUAAAGAGGUUCACACUAAUCCAGACUCGGACUGUUAUCUGCUGCGGGUCACUACCCUCAAUUUCAUUUUCACUUCUGUUGUGAUGGGCAUGACUUUAACUUUGUUCACCAUUAAUGUGAGCACAGACAUGAGGCACCACCGAGUGCGCCUGGAGUUCCAGGAUUCACCAGUAAUUCGCGGGAAGAAGCUUAGGGGUGAACAGGGGGUGCAGGUAGUGCUGGACCCUGUCCACAGCAUGCGCCUCAUGGACUGGUGGCACCCUCAGUACCCCAUAUUCUCAUAUGAUUAGACUGAUUAACUCCAAUCUUGUCAAUUACAGAAACAUUGCAGAAGCCAAUUCUAGCCUGUUUCGACCAACCCUAAAGUCCUGGCUUGGCAGUUGAAUUUUACACUUAGUGUGGUACUUUUAUGGACACAUUAGUUUUGAUUUGUAGCCCAAACUCAAGGUCUCAAGACAAUGUAUGUGGCAGUUAACUUUAAUAGUCUGGGUGGCUGCCAUAUUUAAUUUGAUUGGUUUCACUGUAGAAGUACAGAAGAUAGAAGUCGAUUCAAUAUGUCAGUGAUUCUCAAUCCUGUCCUGGAGUACCCCCAGCCCUGCACAUUUUGUGUGUCUCCCUCAUCUAUCACACCUGAUUCAACUCAUCAUCUCAUUAGUGGAGACUGCAAGACCUGAAUUGGGUGUGUCAGAUAUAGGGAGACAUACAAAAUGUGCAGUGCUGGGGUACUUCAUGGCGAGGUUUGAGAAGCACUGCAAUGUCAUGCUAUAAUAAUUAGUUGUUGUUGAUUUUUGUUUUUUCUUCAAUAGCAUUCUUGAGAUUCACCUUAAUUCUUUAGAUUUCUCAUUCUGUCUCUCUGCAAAUUUAUAAAUCGGUAAACUAAAUGACCAUUCAAUCUAUUAAAAGAAAAAUCCUGUAUUAAAAAACAAAAGAUCUAUUAAGGCAAGUCAACUCUGGAGAGGUAUAGUGUAACCCAUUUUGAAAACCCUUUAGCCUGGUGUUAGAUUUAGGGGCAAAAAGCUAAGACUAUGUAUACAGUACUUUCUGUGGGCCAAAUCUGAGUUCAGCUUUACUGCUGUGCAUGCUUGACUAGUUAAAUCACAUCUAAUUGACUGCAUUGGCGAGGGAGUUUCUAUGUGUUGUAGAUAAGUGUCUAUAGCAGGGAUGCCCAAACUCAGUCCUGGAGGGCUGGUGUCCUGCAGAGUUUAGCUCCAACCCCAACUACACGCAUCUGAACCAGCUAAUCAAGCUCUUACUAGGCAGACUAGACAUUUCCCAGCAGGUGUGUUGAGGCAAGUUGGAGCUAAAUUCUGCAGGACACCGGCCCUCCAGGACUGAGUUUGGGCACCCCUGGUCUAUAGUUAAGGGAAUGUUAUUGUUUGUGAUCAAGAGGAGUUAUUAAAUCCAUAGAUAAAACCAAAGUUAAAAUGUAUUUCCUUCUUACUAUAAAAUCCAGAAGUUGUUUUUGUGAAGUAAAUUGUUUCUUUUUAAUUUGAAG